GUGCGUGCAGGAGUGUGUGUGAGAGAUUGUGUGCGCGUGACAGUGUUUGGGUGUGGGUAAAGGGUGUUGUGUGGCCCACCUCAUCCUAGAUUGUAAUAAGUGAACACAAAUUCUGUUGAGUGUUUUGUUAAUUUGUCAAGUUUUCCCUCCCACCUGAGAGCACACAUGUCUGACUGUGAGAGAUGAAUAGAGGGAUUUCACAAGUCCUACUCUGACCUCUGAAUAUGCUUCACUCCAAGACCACAACCACCCGAGUUGCCAAUUAGUGAGAAUAGAAAAUGUCAUUCCCGUUUUUAGAAUAACCCAUUCUCAGAUGGCAGUCUGUUGAGUUGGUUAUAUCAGAUCACAGAUUAUAUCUGAUCUUGCUGGCUUUGAAUAGACCGCAGAGAAAUUAUGUGGGUGUUUUUUUCUUCCACACCAAGUACCAACGUUUCCUCCAAGUGCUCCUACGCGUUUCCGAGGAAGUCGGACUGUGUGCUGGAGGAAGUCGCGGCGCGCUAUUCCCAAAUGUUUCCCGGAAAAGAUGAAGAAAUUGUGGGAAUUUUUUGGGAAGUCACUGCCUCCUGUGCUUUCCCUAGGAGUGAGGGAGGCGGGGCACCUUCGUCCAAGACUCGUCCACCGAAAAUAACCUGCAUGCGAGGGAGAGAGAGGGAAGAUACUUCUAGAGUAAAAGUGAGAGGGAGAGAGGGGAAAAAGGAGAGGGGAGGAGGAAGAGGAGAGGAUGGGCACCCCAAAAAGCAGAGAGGGACAGAAGACGAGGUUGAACGGAGUGUCUGCGUUGCAAGGGAAUAUAAACUGCGCAAUUUUCGACUCCUCUCCACCGCUUUUGCCUGCGCUUGCCAGCCUUCACAGAACCGCCACACGACUCCUGGACAUGCAAACAACAUCCGUGCAGCUUGUGAGGAUUUUACCAGGCGUUCACUGCUGGACGACGUUUUGGACAACAAGAACAUUGCGUGGCUGGCUAUCGCUGCGACAUUGUCUUAAUUACAUGGCAAAUCCCCUGGAAACAACUGACAGAAGAGAGCCACUGUAACGGUCACUGCUUCACAUCUUUGCGUCGGUUUCAUAACCCGUGUGCGUGUGUGGAAGUGUACCCGCUCGCCUCUCGUUUCUAACAUGCGUAUCGAUUUGGAAUGCGUAAUUAAACCUUCAAACAUGCCCACGUUCGUGUUGCGUGACUUGCCAGGCGUCCAUUUGGAUGCGUAGAGGGGAAUGCACACCGCGGCUGUCUUUUUGGAUGGAGCACUGAACAUACUAACGUUUUGGAAAACCGUCAAACGGGCACCUCCCAGCCACGCUCAGCUUUUUGGCAUCAGGCUUUCUAAUGGGAAGUCAUGCAGCCAUGAGUCCAUGUCCAUCAGGCACCCCAACAGGCUGGGGCUCUGGGCUGACAACACACCUACCAACAUGGGUGGACAGGUGCCCAGGUGUUCAGCAGCUGCAGCUGCAUUCCUCCGCUUUCUCCUGUCUGUGCAGUCGCUCCAAAUCCACCCUCAGGAGGCUGGAAAGAGGGAUGGAGAUGGAGGGCUGCAGACAGAAAGCGAGAGAGCGAGCGAGCGAGCGACGGAACGAGCAAGCAAGCAAGCGCACCGGGAGAACAAAUGCUGGAUACGAUUUGCUGAGUUGGACUGGAGAAGACUGGCUGACACAUAGCCUACACGCGCGCCGCUGCACGAAAACAACGCUCACAUUUGGACUGUGGAUUUUAAACUCCGGUUUUUAAAAAACACUCAGCUGUUUGGCUACAGCUGUCGAGCCGUCGCUCCGAGGGACAACCAACCAAAGUCUACAAGAUAUUUUUGAGGAAGGGGAACAGUCAGAAUCCAGGAGUUCCCUCUGAACGCGUUUUCACUUCGGACUGAAAAAAAGAAUCCUGAGGGAUAGAAGCUCGCCCCCUUGCCGCAAUAUGAUUGGCUCACAAGGCCAAAGCUGAAGGCGCCGCGGCAACAGAAUUGUUGCUAGAUGCUGAUUUGAAAGGUGCAUUGGAGGUUGCAGGUAGACAGUAGACCCGCCUCAUCUCAGGGUUUCCGUGUGUGUGACCCUCACUCUGCUGCAGUGGAGGGCUUCACAGACGCAGAUACUGUGGCUGGAUGCAUCCCACAGACUUUGUCGGGCGCAACACGCGGGACGCCUCCUUCUCAUUGGACGGCCUCCACCGGGCACCAUGGGCUCCCGUCACCAUAGGCAACCGCUCCUGGGGACCCUCCGCCAGGUGCGCUCCGGGCGUCAAUCAACACCAGUUCCUCCCCCACCCUCCCCCCAGUCAUCACGUGGCUACACUGAACCAUCCUGCUAAGUUCUACCCCAACGGUGCCCUCCCUCCUCGCGGUGGAGCAGGAGGAGCAGGAGGAGGAGGAGGAGGCGACAAGCUGGACUUGUCCCCGGCAGCAGUGCUGUUGCCCGGGCUACAGCGGGACAUGGCGGUGGCGGCGGCCCCCCCUCCCCUCCCCAUGGGCCCGUCCUCCUCCCCGGCGGUGGCUGCUGCUGCUGCUGGAAGAGGGGUCUCUGGGGCGCCGCCCCCGUCUCUCCACCACCACCACCCCCACCCCCACCACCCUUCCCAUCAGCCUCCACGUCCCUGGGAGCAGCUGGGACUCUACCAAGCCCCCUCCCAUGACGACCCCACCCGUAUCCAUGGCUACGGGGCAGGAGGAGGAGGAGGGGGAGGAGGGGGACACACCCCUGCCCCCUCCCCCGCACACCUCACUGCUGCUGCUGCUGCUCGCGCUAACCAACUGCUGAAGUUCGCCGGCGGCCACCACCAGCAGCACAACUCUCGAGUGAUGGGACCUCUCACGGACUCAUGGAGCCAGCAACAGCAGCAUGCUCGAUCACUGGCUGCAGGCCAGCUGAAGCGUGCGGCCCCUCCCCUGGGGGCGGGGUUAUCGGUGAUCCAGCACACGCCCCCUCCUCCUGCUCAUGCGGCCUCCGCAGCAGCUGCCCUGCAGCAUCACAAGGCCAUGGCCACGCCCCUGCUGGACGACUGCCCCUCCCCCAACAAGAGGAAGAGGAGCUCCCUUGCAGAGCAGACGGGACCACAUCACCACCCCUCCCUCCAGCAGCAGCAGCAGCAGCAGCAGCAGCAGCGUUUCUCUGGGCAUGUGGGCCAUCUCACUCAGUCCCCAUCCUCCACCACCACCUCCUCCACCUCCUCCUCCUCCACCUCCUCCUCCUCGGCCCCAAAGCCAGCCUUCUGGAGCCCCCUGCACAACAACAACAAUGGAGGCACCCCCACCCCUACCCUGCCCUGGGGGGCCACACCCGCCCCUACAGAGAGGAAGGGCAGCAACUCCAGUGACUAUUAUCAGGACUCUGCUAAAUCAGGUGUACCAGGUGGCUUCACAUUUAAGGCCGGCCCAGCCACCAACUCCUCCCCUGGGGGCUACGGCAGCCAGGAGCGCAACCCCACCCCCACCCAACAGACACCCCUCAUAUCUCCCCACCACCACCAUCAACAACAACAGCAGCACCACUCACGUCUCCACCACCCCCAGAAUGGCAAGCCCUCACCCUCACCCUCAUCCUCCUCUUCGUCCUCCGGCUCCCCUUCCAACUCCAACCUCCAGGGUCCUCCGCUGCGCUACCAGGAGAGCAGAGGUGGCGUGCCCCAGCCCAGAGGCCCCGAGCUGGGCUUGAGCUCCGCAGUGGGCCAGCCUCUCUCCUCUGGAGUUCCAAGCCUCCAGCAUCAGCAGCAGCACCAUCAGCAGCAGCAGCAGAAGGCGUCAUUGCGUGCCGACGCCAACAGGGAGCGCCAGAGCAGCGGUGGUCCAUCACAGCUGCCCACGACUGCGGCGACACCAGCAAACCUCACCUCCGUGCCUUACAGCCUGGCUCACUUCCUGUCACACCCUGGGAUGCCCGUAACCACGACAACAGGCUUGCCGACGGGGCCAAUGACGAGGGCGAUGCCCCCAACGUCGGGGACCUCUGGCCCUCAGCAGCACAACCUCAACAACGGAUGGAGGCCACAUGUGGGACAUGGGCCCCAACACUCAUCGGGCUCUGGGCAGCAUUUCCUGCAGCAGCAGCAGCAGCAGCAGAGGGAGAGGAACUGCAGCGGCAGCAGUAACGGAGGAGACUCCUCCCAUGGCAACAACGGAAACCAUGGCAACCGUGGCGAGCGCCACACCCCCAGCACCCCGCAGCGCGUGACCCCCCCUCAAGUCCAGGGCUCCCCCAGAGCUCCGGUCAUCACCCCCACCCCCACGACUCCAACCCCGACUCCACCUCGCUCCGAAGGCCAACAACACACACCCGUCUACGGCAGCAGCGGUAACAGCAACAGAAGCAUUGGUGGAGCGCGCACCUCAGUCAAUACAUCAGCAGCGCCCUCUGCUGUCGGCAACGGGUCUAGCAUGCCCUCACACAUGGGCUGGAAAGCUCCCGCAGACCACAUGCAACAAUUACACACUCUCCAAUAUGGAGGCCCACCACCCCCGUCGUCAUCGCAGAGAGGCAGCAACUCCAGCGGCCAAUCGCAGCAGAGUGCCGGCAGCAGCAGCAGCAGCAGCCUGGCCAAUCAGGGAGGAGGAUAUCAGGGACCCAAGGCGGGCACUGGACCCAGCGGUGCUACUAGUGCCAGUCAACACUCCCAGCAGCAACAUUCCCAGCAGCAACAGCGCCCGGACCUGCUGGGCAAGAUGAGCCAUCCUCACCACCCAGGGAUGCCCUACUACCCCCGCCACCAGGGCAGUACAGCGGGUAUGAUGCCUCCGACGGGCAUGGCUUUGCCCCAGCGCCAGGUGCCGGUGCCAACCAGCCACGUGGGCACCUCAGCUCCCUCAAGCUUGUCAAGGGCUGCGGGCGAGAGCGUGAUCACUGCCAGCAACAGUAUCGGCGGAGUUAUGGGUCGCCCCUCCUCCUCCUCCAAUCACGUCAUCUCUCCCCCUCCCCCACCCACCUCGUCUGCCCCAUCUGGGCACCCGAUGCCCAACAACAGGCCGCAGCAGCAGCACCACCACCACCACAUGCUGCCCCAGACGGUGCCAGGGCCCAUGCCCUCCUCCUCCUCCUCGAUCUCCAAUACCAACAGCAACACCUCAAUGUCAGGAGGAGGGUACGCGAUGGGCGACUCUGCCCCAUCCAAGGAGCAGAGGAGGCACCCCAAAAUACAGACGGACACCGUUGGUGCGGGUACCCAGAUGCCAACGCCCGCACCUGUCGAGCCCCAGUCCAUGGAGGACGUUCUGAAGAAGCUGGAGGCCGAACUGCAGGGUCACAUGCGCCAGCGAGAGCGGGAAGAGCGGCAGGAGAAGGAGAGACAGGAGAAGGAGGAGAGGAGGAGGAGGAGAAAGGAAGAGGAGGAGAGGGAGAGGGUGGAAAGGGAGAGAGAGAAGGAGAGGGAGCGAGAGAAGGAGCGGGAGCGAGAGCAAGAGAGGAGGCGGAACGAGGAGGAGAGGAGACGUAUGAUGAUGGCGAUGGCCGCCCAGAAGAAGCAGGAGGAGGAGGAGGCGGCAGCCAGGAAGCGGCGCCAGGAUAUCGCCAUGGCGACAGUGGUCACUCCGGCGACAAAGAUGCUGGGAGAGGAGGAGGAAUCGGCCAUCGCCAGCCUGGAGAGGCUGUUGGGCGAGAGUCACGCAGACCCACCGCCUCCCCAUCUAUCUCCCGCGGCGACCGCAGUUGUCCAGCAGCCCUCUCCGCCACCGUACCCGUGGCUGAGUUACGGAGGCGCGCCCGCUCAGGGUGGUCACGCCAGCCAGCAGCGGGCACCGCCCAACAUUACCAACAGUCGCCCGCCGCCGCUCACCCCCCAGACAGACUACGCCCGCGAGAAACAGCGGCAACGGGAGCGCUGGGCGGGCAGUGCCAACGCUGCUGACGUGGCAUCGUCGACGCCAACACCAAGUGGGCGCGGCAGCAGCAGCAGCAACGCCCCGUCUCUCUUCACCUCAGGGAACCCCCACAAAUCCAGCCCCCCUCUCCUCAGCCCUCAUCAUCACGCCACCUCCACGUGCACCCCUUUGCCCGGUGCCACCACCAGCACCCUCCAACCGCCAUCCAAAGACGCCCACUCUGCCCGCCAUCUACCCUUGCCGCCCCCGCUCAGAGAGGCGCCGCAGCUGUACCACCAGGCCUUCUCGCGAGACUCCGUGCCCAGCUCGAGCUCCUCGGCUCUGGGUAGACGCAUGCCCAGCGGUGGGCUAGGCAGCCUGGGCAGCAGCACCUGCAGCAACAGUAGCAGCGGCAGCGGAGCCGACUCGGACGGCGGCGCCCAGUUCGAAGAGGAGCCCUCGGAGCUUCUGCCAGACGGCCUGGCCAACAUCAUGGCAAUGCUGGACGAGUCCAUCAAGAACGAGGAGGAGAUGAACCAGGUGGGCAGCGGCGGCGGUGCCAGUAGUGCCGGAUGCCCGAGUGGCAUGGUGCCCAGCGAUCGCAACUCAUCCGCCAUGCCCGCUACCUCCACCAGAGGGCCUAUGGCUACGGCGUUCAACCCCAUGCCGUCUGCCUGCGUACCCGCGCCUCUGCAAAACCAACCCCAACCCCAAACACAACCUCCGCCACUGCUGCCACCCCUCAAGAGCUACCUGUGCGCCCCAGACCUGGUGCCCGCUGCCAAGCAGUCUCCCCCGGCCAGAGGGGAGGAUUUCGGGGUGGAGGGCCACAGCAGCCCCCCUGUGCUGAGCCGGCAGGGGUCCCUGGCUUCCCCUUGCAGUCGCACGUCUUCCCUGGAGGAGGACGAGGACAACGUCGUCGAUGCUGUAGUGGUCAAUCAGCCAGCCAAUCAGAAGAUGGACAUCAAGCGGUUGCCCGUCGACAACACCGGCGACACCCCGGCGACCAACUAUCGUCACAACGACCUGGCCAAGCUGUACGGGCUGCCGGAGAAGGAGGAAGAGGAGGAGGAGGAGAGCGAGACGGAAGGAGAGGAGACGCCCUCCAGUUCUCCUCCGCAGCGUCCUCACCUCCACCAGACCGGGGUGGGGAGCAUGUUCAAGUCCCUGGCCACGGUGCUGGGCCCCCAGAAGUACACGUACCGCGGGGGGCCGUUCGGACGCCCGCCCCCUUCCGCCGCCCGAUCCGGAGUCAAGUACUCCUCGUCGCUGUCCCUGACCACGCCGGACAUCGCCAGCGGUCAACCGACGGACAAGCAGCAGCAGCACGCGCAGCGGAUGGCAACCGUGCUGUCGUUGUCGUCGCAGACGUCGUCCAGCGCCGACUCCUCAUCUGAUUCGUCGCCUACCUCGGGGUCGACCAAUCACCCGGGCUUCGGCUCCUUUGACCCGCCCUCCGUGGCCAAGACGUUGGCUUCUGAUUGGCCAACGGAGAGGAAGAAGAGGGAGGACAUGGAGGAGGUGAAGAGGAGGAUCGCGGCCGAGCUGUGGGGAGACGACUGGAGCGGUCAGCAGCAGGAGCGCAAAGGGAGGGAUAGAGAGCGGGAGAAGGAGAGGGACAAAACGAAGGACUCCAGGACAAUAACGGAGGAGAAGAGGAAGGAGAAGAAGGACGACAGGCCCCGCCUCACCACCAUCUCUGAGUCCUCAUUGGCCGAGCUGGGCCGCAGCUGCGAGGACAUGUUAAUGAGACACACCCAGCCGACCAAUCAGAGCCACAGCCACUCCCACAAACAGGAAGAGUCCAGGCGAGUGGAGAAUGACAGGAGGGAAGGAGGAGAGAAAGAGAAGGAACGUGGAGGAGGAGAAGAGAGGCAUAGGGAUAAGAAGCAUCGCGAUAAGCACCGCGACGAGAGCAGAAAGGAGAGAGAGGAGAGGAAGGAGAAGAAGAAGAAGCAUCGGGAGAAACGAGAGGAAGAACGCACCUCCUCCAUCUCCCACUCUUCGUCCUCCUCUUCCUCGCCCAGCUCCAGCUCCACCAGUAGUGGCAGCAGCAGCAGGAAGCACAAGGACGGCAAGUCGCACAAGGACAAAAAGCACCGGCAGGUCCUGGCCAGCCUUGACCUACAGGGCAAGGAGGCGCGGGACAAAGAUCGCAGGAGUCAGGAUGGGGGAGAGAAGAAGAGGCGCAGGGAGGAGGGCAGCUCUCAUAUGAUGGGCUCUUCGUCCUCCUCCUCCUCCUCUUCAUCAUUCUCACGACCUGGGUUCUCUGCAGACCUUAUGAAGCUGAAGGCUCUAUCAGAUGGGCCACCCAAGGAGCUGAAGAUUCGCCUGAUUAAGGUGGAGAGUGGCGAGAGGGAGACCUUCAUCGCCUCAGAGGUGGAGGACAGGCGCAUCCCGCUCGGCGAAGUGUGUGUCAAGAACACCGCCACAGACAUCAUCAGGGCCUGCAAGGGUGCCAGGGUGAAGGGCAAGUUUAAAGAGUCCUACCUGCUGCCAGCCUUCUCCGUCAAGCCCGUCCUACCAACAGAACUGCCCAUUCCCAGGGAGAAACUCAACCCCCCCACGCCCAGCAUCUAUUUGGAGAGCAAGAGAGAUGCCUUCUCCCCCGUGCUGCUGCAGUUCUGCACGGACCCCAAGAACCCCAUCACCGUCAUCAGAGGCCUGGCAGGAUCACUCAGACUCAACCUGGGCCUGUUCUCCACCAAGUCCCUGGUGGAUGCCAAUGCGGACCAGGCGGUGGAGGUGCGUACGCAGGUGCAGCAGCCGGCCGACGAGAACUGGGACCCCAGCGGCACGGGCCAGACCUGGCCCUGCGAGAGCAGCCGAUCACACACCACCAUCGCCAAGUAUGCCCAGUACCAGGCAUCCAGCUUCCAGGAGAGCCUACAGGAGGAGAAAGGGAGUGACGAAGAAGAGGAUGAAGACGACAAUGACAAAGACAAGGAGAAAGAGAAAGAGAAAGACAAGGAGAAGGAGAAAGAGAAGGAGAAGGAGAAGAAGCCGUCCAGUCUCUUAGAGAUGCAGCCUAGCAACCCCAAUGGCUCUGGUCCCGACCACAAGCCGGGACAAGUGGGCAAGAUCAUCAAGUUCGGCACCAACAUCGACCUGUCGGACCCCAAGCGCUGGAAGCCCCAGCUGCAGGAGCUGCAGAAGCUGCCGGCCUUCAUGCGCGUGGCCUCCAGCCGCAACAUGCUGAGCCACGUGGGACACACCAUCCUGGGCAUGAACACCGUACAGCUCUACAUGAAGGUGCCCGGCAGCCGCACGCCAGGCCACCAGGAGAAUAACAACUUCUGCUCGGUGAACAUCAACAUCGGCCCUGGAGACUGCGAAUGGUUCGCCGUCCACGAUAACUACUGGCCAGCCAUCAGUGACUUUUGUGAAGCGCACGGUGUGGACUACCUGACGGGGUCCUGGUGGCCGGUGCUGGAGGACCUGUACAAGUCCAACAUCCCGGUGUACCGCUUCGUCCAGCGCCCAGGCGACCUGGUGUGGAUCAACGCCGGCACCGUGCACUGGGUGCAGGCCGUGGGCUGGUGCAACAACAUCGCCUGGAACGUCGGACCACUCAGUGCCUACCAGUACCAGCUGGCUCUGGAGCGUUUCGAGUGGAACGAGGUGAAGAAGGUGAAGAGCAUUGUGCCCAUGAUCCACGUCUCCUGGAACAUGGCCCGCACCCUCAAGGUCUCCGAGCCGGACACCUACCAGAUGAUCAAACACUGUCUUCUGCAGUCCAUAAAGCACAUCCAGAUCCUGCGAGACCAGCUGGUGGCCGAGGGCAAGAAGAUCUCCUACCAGAGCCGCGUCAAGGACGAGCCCGCAUACUACUGCAACGAGUGCGACGUGGAGGUGUUUAACCUGCUGUUUGUGACGAGCGAGGGCAACAGCCGCAAGACCUACAUGGUGCACUGCGAGGACUGCGCCCGCAAGCUCAACCCAUCGCUAAGCAACGUGGUGGUGCUGGAGCAGUACCGCAUGGAGGAACUCAUGAGCACCUAUGACAGCUUCAGCCUGGUCUCAUCUUCCAGCUCCAGAUGAGCCUUCUGGCCCCUCUCCUCUCCUCUCCUCUCCUCUCCUCUCCUCUCCUCUUCCCCCGUGCCCCACAGCCAUAACCAAAACCCCUGUCUGCCAGGAAGACAGGCCUUUAUAGUUAAUGUCACCACAAAAGAGACUUCUUUUUAAAACGAAAUGUUUUGUUGAUUUUAUUUUUAGCUGUUUAUUUUUCUUUGUUUGAUUGUUUGUAAGUACUACUACUACUACUGUUAAUACUUGUUGAACAAGCCAAUCGAAAACCAGUUUACUACCCAGCGUUGUUUACAAUACCAAUCAGCCAAUAAAAAACUCCGGUUCAGUGGGUGGUGUCCGGCGGUGCUGUCUUCGGAUUGGUUGGACAAAGGAAACGGACAGUGGAAUACCGUUGGUGUUGCCAAGGCAACUGUGGUGGAGUUGACUAUCUCAAUGGCAUGUUUAUGUUUUCAGGUUGUCAGUUAAUUUUUAUUUCUCCUGUUCAUUUUGGGUUUGUUCUCUUUUUUUAAAUGAAUACUGAAAUUGUAAAUGCUGUUUGUAUUUUUCACGUGGUGCUGUUUUCUCUCUUUUUGUUGGAAAUAUAAUUUAUUCUUUUUAAAAAAUUAAAAACUAGAGCAGCCUAGAUAUAUACCACAUUGGCCUUGUGACUUGUAUUUAGUGAAGAGAUCAAAUGAAAUACUAAUAAUGAUAUAGAUAUGAAUCCUUUUUAAAAAAGCAUUAAGACUUUUAAAAUACAAUUGUUUGGAAUGCUACAAAACAUACGGGUUUGACAGACUGUCUUUUUGUUCAUACAUCUUAAAAAUGAUUUCUUGGGGUUCUGUUUUGAAUGGAGAGAACGAAAAAAUGUCAUGACACACAGCAUUUUAGUAUAUUUUGGGGAUCUUUUCUUACUAGUUUUGUUCCUAUUGUUUAAGAGAGAUGAUUAUCGUUAUUAAUGACAUUUUGUCUUUUUUGCUUCUGUUGAAAUGUACCUCUUAUUUUGACCCAGUGAUGCAGAUUAUUUCUGGAUUUAAAAGAUUUUUAAUUGUACAUUUUUUUCUAAUUUAAUGUUUUAGUUUUUCUCUAUUUAUUGGAUAUAAAUGUUUUCCUCUAUCUGUAAGAUCUUCAGAAAUGUUCAAAACCGUUUUUGUUAUGUUUUAAAUGAUAAUUCCUGUAAUGUUUUUGGGACUUUUAUUUUGGUGGGGAGUGUCUUUCGAAUGGUGCUUACUGAUUUCCUGUUGAGCCUCCCUCUUGUUGUGUAGACGUCUGGUCUUGGACCCAUACCCCCACCUCCUGUAUGUUUGUCUGUCGAUUCGAGUGCACAAAGUAGUUGUUUACUUGGCGCCGAAACUGAACAUUGUGUUUUCCUCGUACGGAAGAGAAGAAAACAAAACAACUACUUGCAUGAGCCACUGAUGUCUCUUCACAGAUGUCAGUCAUCACCCACACAUACACAGUUCAACCGAACUAAACUCACCAACCUACCAACGGAGAGGUGCUCUACUGUACAUUAUGGACUCUGAAUGAGCUGAUGCACGCACGCACAUACACACACACACACACACACACACACACACACACACACACACACACACACACACACACACACACACACACACACACACACACACACACACACACACACACACACACACACACACACACGAGACCUUACAGAGACGGUUUGAAGACCACUGCUACUUGGCUUGGCCGCGUGUUAAGUUUUGGUGCUACUCUAAAGUCGGGUGUGGUGUUGGGAUGUGGGGGGUGCUAUGUUGCUAUGGUGACGGCAGUGUGUGGUAGGGUAGGGGUGCUAUCUCACAACCAUGAGCUCAAAAACAUUACCUGUUAGUCUGACUGAAAGACACACGCUCAUACACACACACACACAAGGCUUUGACCGUGCGUGUGUGUUGGUGUGACUGUGCGUUUGUGUAUUUGUGUGUAAUUCUGUACAUGGGGGUGGGCCGUCAAUGUGAAAGAGGUUGAGAUUUCUUUUUGUUUUGUCCACAGAUUAUUUUGUUUUUAUUUUUUUCUUCAAAGUCUUAGAGUACAAAAAACAGAAAAAUGGACGAUUUUUUUUUUUAGCAGGACAGUACUAUCACGAGCUGUGCGUUGGUUACGAUUAUUUCAGAAGGUGCUGAGUUCUCUUCUCGAACUCUCUCUUUUUUAUGUUUUUAAAAAAAGAAAGAAAAGAAAUCUAUUUUUCCUGUUGCAAUAUAUCCUCCCCCCACCCUUUUUUCUUCUCCUCGUUUGUGGUCAUUUAUUUAAAACUGCACUGUUUAAAAAGAAUUCACACAGGAGACAAACUGAGCCACACUUGACUUAAACACUUUGUGAAUUCGUGUGACAUUGCUAUGAUCGACUAUUAUUAUUAAUUAUUAUUAUUAAAUGCUUUUGAUAA